CAACCAUAUUCUAGGCUGUCCUCGGAAUAUCUAUGGAACUUGCAAACUUUUCCUCACUAUCUCUACAAGUAUACCUGGGGAAUGACCUAAUCGUCUUGUAGACGGCCAUUUUUGGUUGCAUUGUGGAAGUGUUACCAUAAAAGAUGAAUAAGUUAAUGAAUAACCGAGUUAUUCUAGCUUGUUUGCAUAAAAGUAACAAGCAACUUUCAAGGAACUUACAGUAUGGCUUAUCUGCUAUUGGUAACAGAGAUGUUGUUGGUCCUGGACAUAACAACAGUAUUUCAUACAUAGAUCGUACAGAUUUUCCAAUGCCUGCUGUUCGUUUUAGGCCUAAUACUCCAGACGUGCUGGCUUUAAGAGAAAAAGAAAAGGGAGAUUGGAAAAAGCUUACGAUAGAUGAAAAAAAGGCAUUGUAUCGUGCCAGUUUUUGUUCUACUUUUGCAGAAAUUGACGCACCUACAGGAGAAUGGAAACUCAUUUUAGGAUACAGUUUAGCUCUUGGAGCUCUCUCCAUAUGGUAUUUCAUGUUCUACAAACAAUUCGUCUACCCACCACUACCAGAAUCAUUCGAUGAAGAACAUCAACUUGCACAGUUAGAUCGUAUACUAAAAGUUGAAAUGAAUCCUAUUACAGGAUUACCUGCAAAAUAUAAGAAUAAUUAAAUUAUAUUUAAAUUAGUAGACGAAAAUGCAAUUGUACAGUAUCUUAAUGCAAACGUUCCAUGUACAAAUUGUCUGAGAAUGUUUAAAUAAAUACUUUAAAACCA